CAUUACCCAUGUCAGGGCUGCCAGGAGGGCGCAGCGUUGGCCUGGGGCUGGGUCAGUCCCAGGUCUCCCAUCACCUGCUUCGAUCAGCGCUGGCUCCUUCCCCACAGGCGGGAGCUCAGCUGGUGCCGGCUGAAGUUCCAAACGCGGCAGCCAGGACCCGACGGUGGAGCUGGGGGCGCUGGGGCAGGUCCCAGGCAGGCGCAGGUGCUGCGCAGCGUGGGGACCUGCACUAAGGUGCUGACCCAGGCUCAGGCUUUUCAUCUAGGGCUGAGGCCGAGAAGGUCCAUGUGUGAGUGUUUCACCAUCGAUGCUGCCGCCCCGUCUGUGUGUGCCAGCAGGUGUCUCCUGCCACCCCGUCUCUCCCAGUCCCAGCUCCCCAGUGACAUCUCCUUCUCGUCCCCAGGUUAUGGUGAGCAUGAAGGUGGAAGAGGGGAUGUCAGACAGGAUGCAGCCCACUGGGAUGCUGCAGGAGCCAGGCGAUUCCUGGCCAGAGCAGCCACAGGCCAAACCUACAGAUGUGUCUCUGGAGGAUGCAGCACACACAGAUAGUCCAGGACCUCAGGACCAGCAACCGUUUGGACCGAGAGAAGAGCCCCUGCCCAACCCAGAGCCAGAUGCAGGGGCCCUGGGCAGAGCUCAUCAGAAGCCUCUUGAAGAAGGGCCUGCAAACCUGGAGCUGCCAAGGACUUCCCCAGGGAGACCGGAGGAGAGGGGUUCCCUGAGCAGGGCCAGCUACAGAAGGGACAGGGCAGGCUGGCAAGGCAGGGGGAGACCACGGAGGAUAUCGAGGUCCCAUGCCUGACUUAAUCCGCCGCAUCCAGCGAGGACAGGAGCAGCUCUGGGUCAGUGAUGAUGAGAACUGUGGGGACAUCUCCAGGUUGGAGGACCUGCCGCCAGGUGAGUUGUGGCGGUCCUCUCCCCCGACCCCCC